CACUAGACUAGACUUAGACUCUAUCAUCUAAAUUCUGAACCAAAAUCGUUACUUCAAGAGGUUUCGAAGUUGAAAACACCCGCGCCUUGAAUGUGGUUUACAGUUUAACUAAGCAGACACAAAAAUGGUGGCUUUACUUGCUUUGUCCAAACACCCAUUUCCUUCUCUCUAUCCAUUUGGUUCUCUUUUUCUAGACCCAUUAAAACCUUCAUCAUUACCUUGUCGUUUCUCAUUAUCUUCAUACACUAUUUCCCAUAAUGAAGAGUGUUGUUUUUCCAUCAGUAAAGCCCCAAAAUUUCAACUGAAACCGCCAUUAACACAAGUGUGUUUUCCACCCACUAAAUGGGAACUUUUCCAAUGCAGUUGUGUUGUAUCAACUCCGAGCAUUCACACUGAUAUGAGAAUGUUGUUUUCAUUCUUUCGGGAAGUGGGUCUUAACGAGGAUGAAACUGAAGUACUUUUGCUCAAGAAUUCAGCUCUAGCAUUGACAUCUAUGGAUUCCAUCCAAGCAAGGGUAUUUAGUUUAAAAUCAGUUGGAAUUGAUGGGUUUUCACUCUGCUCCUUAAUCACUAAAAGACCAACUUUAUUAACAUCUGAAGAAGUUGGUAAGUUCUUAAGUUUUGUUCUCAAUGAUUUGGAAGGAAAGAUUGAUACUUCACAGUUAGAGAUUCUUUUUGCAAAUACAUCCCCAUUGUACUUGAUGGGUUUUGAUCAAAAGGUUAAUCUUCUACUUCAAAGAGGAGUUCCAAGAGAAAACCUUUAUAAUGUUCUCAACAAUUUGAGUUUAUCUAAGGCAUUAUGUGUUAGGCCAAUUGAAGAUAUUGAUAAAACUAUUGCUUACUUAAGCCACUAUGGUGGCAUAGAUUUGAUUGUAAAACGUCCCAAGAUUUUGAAUUAUGAUCUUGAGAGGCAGCUUAUACCAAGAAUUGAGUUUCUUAGGGAGCUAGCUGGAGGAGAUGAGGAUGGUGUAGGGACAGUUUUGAGUAGGCUUCCCGCGAUUUUGAGUUACAGCGCGAAACAUAUGGAAGAUCAUGUUGUGUUUUUCAGGUCUUUUGCUGGUUUAACUGAUGAGGAAAUAUUCAAGAUUGUUGUUGUUUAUCCUAAUGUGUUUAGUGCAAGUAGGGAGAGGAAAUUGCAGCCUAGAAUAGAGCUUCUCAAACAAUGUGGACUGAAUUCGAGGGAGAUCUUUAGAUUCUUGCUUAAAGCUCCUACCUUUAUUAGCCUUUCAUAUGAGAAGAACAUUGCUUUUAAACUAGUUUUGCUAGUAAAGAUUGGAUAUAGACAUAGAACAAAAGAUCUGACAAUCGUAAUGGGGUCUAUAACUAGAACAAGUUGCUUGAAUAUGCAAAAAGUAGUCGGGCUAUUCUUGAACUAUGGAUUUAGUUAUGAAGACAUCUUUGCUAUGAGCAAGAAGCAACCUCAGAUACUGCAAUAUAGCUAUGAUUCUUUGGAGAAGAAGAUGGAGUACUUAAUAGAGGAGAUGGGCCGAGAUAUCGAAGAGUUGUUGGCUUUCCCUGCAUUCCUUGGUUACAAAUUUGAUGAUAGAAUUAAGGCCAGAUAUGAAUUGAAAAGGAAGACUAUGGGCGACCGAAUGUCGCUUAACAAGCUUUUAACUGUUACAAGUGAGAGAUUUUCUCAAAAAAGAAGAGAAAAACCGGUUCUUGUGAAUGAAGAAGAGUGAAUUGAAUGUUAAGACAACAGUAAGUUUUCUUUUCACUAUAGUUUAAUUCAAUUAUCAAUAGACUCAGUCAAUCAAUUGAAAAUAUGUAUAAUUUGGUGAGAUAACAACUAUGUAGAAUGUAUAUUUUUGUUUUUUAAUUGCCUCACCCUACAUAAUUUUAAUUUUAAGAACAUAAAACUAUAACAAUUACUAUAUAAGUAUUCAAGAGAGACUCAAACAUCAAUAUUGUGGGAACAAAUCACAGGCUGAUCUGUUGAGUAUC